GGCCAAGACUAGCGUCUUAGAACCCCACUAUGGCUGGGUACCUGCAUCAUACCAUGAACAACGCACCACAAGAUGCCGUUUCCUUUCGCGUUGCCAACCACCUCAAGCGUAGCAUUUACCGACUAUUUCAGCAGCAACACGCAUCCCUCUCUACCGAACUGCGCAACAACAGCUCGAGGCGUGGUCCGCGAUGUUCUGAAACGCCAUAAGCGCAUCCCUCCUUCCUCGCAAGCCUCGAACUUGUCGACCAUACUCUCCGCGCUCAACGAUUACAUUCCAUACCUGUUCGCAUUAGAUGCCGGCUUGAGUGGUACAGCUUGCGCUGGAGAAGAGAUUGACUUGAUCCUGGUCAAAGAGCUGGAGGUCGAAUGGCGCUCAACACUUGGUACUUCAAUACCUGGUCGUGAGCCGGCAAGAAUCAAGCUUAAAAGCCUUGAGAGCGAGCUUUGUUUUGUGCUUUCGACUCUGGCAUACGUCUACAGUCUGCAAGGUCGAGCACAGCUGCACAUUCUCUACAAUGCUACGCUUCCAAAUCCUGAGCAACGCGCAACGGCGAUAGGGGCUGCCAUGAGGCACUUCCUCGAUGCAAAUUCAGUACAUACCUAUUUGGUCAACAGAGCAGGACAAUGGCAUACUCAGCCUGCGGCGAUAGACAUCUCAGCUGCUGUCAUGGGCGCGCUGGCUGAGCUCACUAUGGCUGAAGCUACACUGAUCACAGUCCUCAAAGACGACCCAUACCCAGCGAUCGUGAUUGAGGACAGAAACAAGGACAGCAAAGACUGGAUGUUUAGAGGGGUUGAGAUACCCAAAGUCCGCGCGCAUCUCUUCGCCCGCCUGUGCCUUGCGUCCUCGGAGCAUGCAGCCAAAGCUCAAGCGAUGCUUGGCCAAUCUUCGAGAGUGGGCGAUGAUUUGAUCAAAUACGUCGACGACCUACGAAGAACUGCAAAAGGCAAGGCAUGCCGUUUCCUAGCCUGCGACUCUGAAGCUGGAGGCAAGACUGGAGAAGGUAUUGCCUGGUUGCGCGGUGCAAAGAAAGAAUUAGGGUUUGCAUCUUUGGGUGUGGAUCAAGAGAAGAAGUCUUUUGGUUUCUCCAAACUCAAGAAGGAGUUUCAAGAGAAGAAAGAAGACCGCAAGAUCGAGAAAGGCGAAGGGUGGGGUACGGAUGCAGGAAAGUUUGAGGAAGGUCGCAUUGUCGACAUGUUAAUGAAAAAGUGGGAAAAGAUGAACGAUACGGUGGGUGUUCAAACGAUUCCGCCUUCGGAGCCGCUGCUCGCAAGCAUGCCAUCUGGUCGAGAAUACCACACAGCAAAGAUGUGGAUCGUUCCGGCUCUUGAUGAACAUUCGCUCGUUCGCAUGAGGGCACCGCCUGACCCCAGUGAGGCAUUCGAGGGCGAGGAGGAAGAUAGCGCAGACGAAGAUCAAAGAACAGCUCCAGGAGCCUUCCCCGCCCAUCCUACAAACACCAGCUACUACUGAAGUAUCAUUCGGUCUCCGCACGGUCUUCAGUACGCCCCGGAUAGCAAGGCCUGCCUGCUGGUCAUGAUCUCGAUCUGAUAGUUCCUGUCGGAUGAGAGGCUGAUGAUACCGUGGGUACAAUGACAAAGUUGCUACCCCACGAUUUUUGACGCCCUUCACGCUGCCAGUUUCAGCGACAGUGAAUUGACGCAGCGUUUGAAUACACGCUUUACGUUGUCGUGCAGCUUGUGGGUAUCGCGCCCGUUCCACGCCACGGGUAGGACCGUCGCAGAAGACCCAGUCCAUUCCCGUUUCAGUAGGUCCAGCCGCGCGGAAUGAGAUCAGCCUGAGUGCUCAUGGUUAGCUUGUAGAUACCGGAGGAAUUCCGUAUCAAAACGGCAGCAAUCUACAUGAGGAAAUGAGUCCUGAUACAAUCAACACAAUAGCAAACAAUUAAACGUAAAGAUCCUUGUAAAGCGAACAAUUUGUUCUUUGUUCUGAGUUUCGUGGUCCUCUUG